AUGUCAGACAACAUCUACGUAAAGGGUGUUGCAGGAACCUGCAUCACCUUCUCCUUCAUCCUCGCCGGAAAUGCCAUCACACAGUCCUACAUGACCGUCCCCGCCCUCCUCGUCAACUUCCCCCGCGCAGGCACGCCAGAGCACAAAGAUCGCGCACGUCUCCUAGGCCGCCAAUGGCCCCUCUGCUGGACAGUCGGCAACCAAUUCUUCCGUCCCAUCUCAACUCUGGGCUUCUUGGGUUACGCCUACGCUAGCUACUCAGUCUACCGCGAGGGCAUGCUCGCCCGCAGCGACUGGAAGCUCUUCGGUGUUUCAGCUAUCAUGCACUUGACAACUAUCCUGCACUCGGCUAUCAACAUGCAGCCGCUAAACGAUAAGUUGGAGGCAUUGGCAGAGAGGAGCAAUGAGAAGGAGUUGGGUGAGGCGCAGAGCGUUGCGACGAAGUGGGCGAGCUGGAACCAGUUGAGAUUGGUUACACCGGCUAUCGCUGGUGGUUUGGCACUGUGGAACCUGCUUUCUUUGUAG